AUGUCUUACAAAACAAAAGAUGUUGUUUUGUCCGAGGACCGACCACAGACGCUUUUAUUACAAAAACAUUCAGAUUACUUAGCCAGCUAUGGACUAAAUAAGGAUGAUUAUGAGUUUUGCAUGACAGAAUAUUUACGAAUGUCUGGAAUAUACUGGAGUCUAACUGCUAUGGAGCUUAUGGGGCAGUCUUCAAGAAUGCCAAAAGAAGAAAUCAUCAACUUUAUAUCAUCAUGUCAAGAUUGUGAAAGUGGGGGUAUAUCGGCAAGCAAUGGUCAUGAUCCUCAUAUGCUGUAUACUUUAAGUGCUGUUCAGGUCUUGUCAAUGUAUGAUAGGCUGGAUGCUAUUGAUGUGGAAGGUGUAGUACAAUUUGUUUCAUCAAUGCAGCAAGAAGAUGGCAGUUUUAUAGGUGACAAAUGGGGUGAAGUGGACACAAGAUUUUCAUUUUGUGCAGUGAUGUGCCUAUCCUUGUUGCAUAAAAUGGAUGCUAUAAAUGUGACUAAAGCUGUUGAAUUUGUAUUGAGUUGUAUGAACUUUGAUGGUGGCUUUGGUUCUAAGCCUGGCUCUGAAAGUCAUGCAGGUCUUAUUUAUUGUUGUGUUGGAACUUUAUCAAUAUGCAAACGUAUGGAUGCACUCAAAGCAGAUGAAUUAGCUUGGUGGCUAUGUGAAAGGCAACUACCUAGUGGAGGUCUUAAUGGUAGACCCGAGAAGUUACCUGAUCUAUGUUAUUCUUGGUGGGUAAUGUCAUCACUGUCUAUGCUGAAUAGAAUACAUUGGGUGGACAAGAAAAAUCUAGAACAAUACAUAUUAGCAUGUCAAGAUUCUGAAACAGGAGGCUUCAGUGAUCGACCAGGAGAUAUCACAGAUCCUUUCCACACUUUAUUUGGAUUGGCUGGUCUCUCUUUACUUGGAAAUACAAUUUAUUUCUAUGAUAUUUUUUCAUCAAAACUUUUAAAUGAUAAACAAUAUUAUGAUUAUAUAAUUAUUGGCUCUGGAACAGCUGGAUCUCUUAUAGCUCAAAGAAUAGAUAAAGAAACAAAUUAUACUUUCAUAAUAUUAGAGGCUGGGGCCAGAAGUCAUUCAUUUCAUGAUAUACCAGCAUUUGGGCCCCUAUUGCACAAUUCAAUAUUUGAUUGGCAGUAUAAGACAGUAUCUCAGACAAAUGCUUGUCAUGCUAUGGAAGGUUCAAAAUGCAAACAAACUCAAGGAAAAAUUAUGGGAGGAUCAACAAAAUUGAAUAAUAUGGUCUAUGUCAGGGGAAAUAUAUCCCAUUAUGUUGAAUGGUUUCAUGGUUUAUAUGAUCAAAAGUACAUAUUGAAAGCUUUUGAAUAUAUAGAGAGUAACAUUAUUCACUUAAGUAAUGUUCAGUAUGAUAGUCAAUUUAGUGAUGCUGUAAUAAAGGCUGCCAAAGAAUUAAAUUUUAAAAUAUUAGAUAAAGAUUUUGGUAUUGGCUUCCAAAAGUCAACUUUAAGCCAAAAUAAAGGUAAAAGAUGGUCUACAUCUGAUAAUGUAGAUAAAAAUCAUAUUUACACAAAUGUAUUAGUUGAAAAAUUGUUGGUAAAAAAUAACAAAUGCAUAGGAGUAAAAAUUAUUUCACCAAGCAUAAAUAUUUAUGCCAAUAUAGGUGUAAUUGUUAGUGCAGGAACAUUUAACUCGGCCAAGAUUCUUCAAUUAUCUGGUAUAGGACCAAGGGAGGUUUUAAAGCCUUUAAAUAUACCAAUAAUAAAAGAUUUACCAGUAGGCAAAAAUUUACAAGAUCAUAUUGGCACCGGCCUAGACUUAGUACUUUUUAAUGAGCCACAAUCUAUUAAUAUGUUAGAUAUUAUGAAUCUUUUUAAUGUCUUUCAAUAUUUCUUCAGUGGCACAGGACCUUUAACAACUCCAGGAUGUGAAGUUGUAGGUUUUGUUUCAACCAAAAAUGAGACAACACCCGAUUUGCAGUAUAUGAUGUUGCCAGUUGGCAUAUCUACGGAUCGGGGUAGCCAUUUAAGAAAGUCUUUAGGAAUAACUGAUGAAGUGUGGACCAAGUACUUUUCAAAAAUUUUUGAUAAAUAUUCGACAACAUUUUUAACGUUAUUACUUCAUCCUAAAAGUAAAGGGGAAGUACAAAUUCAGAGUAAAGAUCCUUAUAUACCACCGCUUAUAGACCCAAAAUAUUUACACCAUAAAGACGACGUAAAAAUUAUAUUAGAUGGCUUGAAAAUGUUAAAGAAAUUUCUAGAAACAGAUGCUAUGAAAUCUAUAUCAGCAAACAUAAAUAACUUGCAUUUUCCAGGUUGUGAAGACUUGGAAUUUUUUUCAGAUUCUUAUUUAGAAUGCUACAUAAAACAUCUUACAUUAACUAGCUUCCAUCCAGUUGGUACAUGUGCUAUGGGGUUGCAAGAUUCCAAUAAUUCAGUAGUUGAUACUUCUUUUAAAGUUAUAGGUAUAGAUAAUCUGUAUGUUGCUGAUGCUUCAGUGUUGCCAACUAUACCAAGUGGUAAUAUAAAUGCAGCAAUAGCUAUGAUGGCAAACGUGUUCUUUGAAAAUACAAUUCAAGUUAGAAAUACAUAUAAAAAUUUAUUUUGUGAUAUUGUUACUUUAAAAGAGGUUAUUUUCAAUAUAUGUCCAGCA